UCAACAUGGCUGCCAGUUCAUCUGGUACAAAUCGCUUUACCAGUCAGUUUAGUCCCCGUUCAAGUCAUUCUCGUUCAGCUAGUUGGUCACACACAAGAGGCGAUGGACAAAUAGAUCUAUCAUCGCAUUUACAGCCAAUAACGACGGUUAUUCGCGAACUGGGAUUAGGUUUUGGACAGGCAACUUUUACGAAUCGAAAUUCGCUUGAAAUUGAUCGCAGCGACAAUCCAUCUAACUCCGUGUUUGUUGACAUCGGGGAAAGAGGGGAUGAGAGAGGGAUUUCCAGAGUUUUUUCACGGCAUGGUACUGAUAGUACUAAUGGAAGUCAAUCCGACACGAAUGGCAAUGACAGUGGACCCACAAGUACCAGUGGGAAUGGUACAAGGGCGAAUGGGGAUAGAAUGGAGUUUCAAGGAGCAAUAAAAUGGAUUGAGAGAAGUGUACCCUUCUUGCUGCUGUUACUUAGUCGUAUUAUGUGGGACCAUCGACUUGGGAUCCUUGUAGGUGUUGGACUGACAGGAACAUUUCUUCAUGCCAACAACACCAUAAAACGUCAGGUUGCCCUAAAGGACAGGCGACAAAACAGUGUAUCAUUAUGGACGAUCAUUUUUCUUUGUGGAAAUGUCUGCUUUAUUUAUUAUGUAUUUUACAGUCAAGAAUUGCAGAACUGUUUGAUAUUUCAACAUCCAAAUUUUACUCAUUUCGAUGUAUGGAUAGUGUUUUGGUGUAUAUUAAUUACAGAUUACGUGAUUCGGAUGGUCACCAUGGCAUUAAAGUCACUGGUCAUAAUUGUAGAUAAAAGGAUACUCCCUUUCAAAAACAGGGGAAAAUAUUAUUUAUUAUUGGAGAGCAUGUCCCAAUUUUAUCGCAUACUCACGCCAAUUCCUCUGUGGUACCAGUACUUCAGCAAUUAUAACAUUGGAGGAGAAUAUUUUGCCAUAUUUUCCACAAUAUUUUACUUCAUCUUGAAGUUACGAAUAAUAAGAACGAAACUCAAGGAGCUUUUCUCUGCAAUAAAAACAGUUCAGCGUGAUGUUCAAUAUGGUGCAGCAGCCUCCAAAGAACAGAUUAAUAAACUUGGAAACACUUGCCCAAUAUGUCAAGAAGAAUUUUGUAGACCUAUCUCUUUACGCGGUUGCAGGCACAUUUUCUGCGAAGACUGUAUAUCGUUAUGGUUUGAUCGUGAGCAGACGUGUCCUUUAUGCAGAGCUAAAGUUGUUGGAAACCCUUCUUGGCGUGACGGAAGUACGACAGCUUACAUUCAACUGUUUUAGCUGUUGCAAUCACGUUGAAUUUCAAAGAGGAUUUGUAAUUGUGUAAUUUAUUUGUAAAUAAGAAAAACAACGGGCAACAAUAUGCAUUUUUGUUGUUACAAAGGUAAAUAAAGUAGUACAUAGGAAUAUUUUACUCUACAAAUGAUUAGUAAUGGCAACCAAUUCUUCUAUUGACAUCAACUGUCCGUUAAUAUAUUUGAAAUUACACUGACAUGAUCGACAGCAA